UGUCAAGUGGGAAUUGUCUUCGUUUUCUACUAAAAUCCUUAUGAGAUGUAGUGUUAAGAACUUGCUCUAGUACAGUAUUUCUGUAUCAAAUUAUUGCGAAUUGAAAUGUCACUUGUCGCAUUUUUAUAUUCUUAACGAUUUUGAUAAAACAAUGAGCACAGAAGCACAAUUCAUUUUGGAAGAUGGUCAAGGUGGAGAAAGAGAUGAUACUAGAGCUAAACUGAUGGAAGUUGAUCAGUAUGAUCCUCAGAUCAAGACCUUGACAACGCUUGGUCAGUAUCUGCAAUACCAAGUUGAUCACCAGCAAGCCUUUGAUGAGAUUAACGAGGAAUCCAAUACUCAGAGAAGGGGAAAAAAUAAAAAUGAAGCUGAAAAGAAGAAAAAAACUUAUACAGUAUAUUCACAUAUUGAUAAGUUCAACUUCAUUCACCAUAUGAUUGUGAAGUGUCUCGAAACAAUUGCUCCAGUUGCCAGGUUAUAUAAUAUUAAUCCUCGAACAGGUCAGCGCUGGUGGGAUAAGUAUAAGGAAAACCCAGACACUUUUUUCGAAAUUAAACCAAGAGGAUAUAUCAAAAAGCUCUAUAUCGAGCACAAGGACUUUCUGGUGGAGCUAUUCGAUAAAGAUCCAGCUGCAACCAUCGAGGACGCUAUUGAGGAGUUAUCGGCUAAUUUUGAAGAAAUUAAAAUGGAUUCGACCGCAGUUUAUGAUUUCUUGAAAGUUGAUAUGAAUUUCAUUUUUAAAAGAGCUGCAUUUCAUGCUGAGAAGAGGAAUAAUGAGGAAAACGUGGAGGAGAGAUACAAGUAGGCUACUCAGAUUGCCAAUUCAGAUGUCAAUUUCCUUAGAAAUUGCAUCUUUAUCGAUGAAUCCGGUUUCCACGUUAUUUGAAGCGUACUGGUGCUAGGGGACCUAAAAGAAAAACACUAGCGUAAGAAUACCUAGUCUUCUCACCUCUCAGCUUGUGCCUGUCUCAGUAGGCAAAAAAAAAAAGAAAGACUGAUACCGGAGUAGCAAAAAACAGCAAAAACCAAAGGGUAUUAAUGCUGACCAUUUUGAUGUUUUUAUAAAAG